GUCAAGGUCGUAAAUUAUGCACGCUGUGUUUUGGACAAUUAUAUUUGAAUUAUUUUAAAUCAAACUGUACUGUUGAAGAUGUAUUCAAAAUUUUCUUUUAGAUCAUUUAGAAGAGUUCUGGGUCGUGUAAUUGUCACAAGACCGGAUAAACUUUGUAAAGUUCGAGUAAUCAGAAUGCAGCUAGACGGGAAGCUUUUAAGGUAUUUCAACAAAAGAGAAGAUGUGUGGGUAUUGGACAGAGAAUUACAGUGCAAAGAAGGGGACAUUGUUCUUUAUCAACCUAUUAAAAAUCAGAAGGAACACGUGAGGGUGCCGUACGCUCCAUGGGGGACAAGUAGGGAGAUUGCCAAAAUUUUGUACAAAGUGGGAGAGACUUUUGACCCAGUGACAGGAAGAAGAUGUUUUGGGACAAAGUAUGCAGAUGAAGAUACUAUUAAUCCAAAUGUCAACUAUGAAGAUGACCGCCGUGGAUACUAUCAAGAUGACACAAGUUACCUUAUGAGAAAUCAAGCAAAAAAAGUUAUUGAAGAUUAUAAAAAAAAGGACAACACUGAAAAAAAGGGCACUCCAGUUUGAUAUGACUUUCAAUGUUGAUUAAUUCAGAUUAAUUUGUUGGAAAUAUGAUCAGAAAGAAUUGUAAUGGUCUUUCUGAAAUACUGUGUAACAUGGCAAGGAUGCCUUAAACUUUAUCAACCUGGUUGUUUUCAUGAAGUACUGAAGAAGAGGUCAAGUAGGAUUACCUAGUUUGUAUAAAAAAUUAUCAAAAUGAAUUAUAACAAUCUUUUUCUCAUGUUAUGAUAGCCAUAACCGAGAGAAUUUUGAUGAAUAAAAAAAAGAGAAAGGAAUCUGAAUUGUUAAAAACAUAUUUAUAUGAAUCUAGAAAACAAAGAAAAAAAUCAAUGAAAAUUCAAGUAUCUGCUGUUUACUUUGUAUCCGUUUGUUGUGAUUGCAAUGUCUGAAGUGAAAAAAAUCAUUAAGCAAUUUCAGCAAAACGUUUUUCAUACACAUACUUUAUUUCUCGAGAUUUCAUAAUACCAUUUUUUUCUGUUUAAAUUACAUUUGUAAAGCCACCAUUAAAAAACUUGAAAUUAAGAAAAACAAAA